AUGUCCGGGUGGAGUGCCCAAAAGAUGUUUUCGAAUCCGCAGGCCGCCGGAGUAAAACGCCAACGCUUGGUCUCUGAGCGGGAGCCCCAGGAACAAAUCGUGAGGGCGGACACUGGGCAGGUGAGUGUGGCACAACCAACUAAGGAUGUUACCGAGCCUGCUGACUUUGUGAUGCGAUGCAUCGAGGUGGUUGCCCAACCUAAGCCUGGUAGCCCUCAUAGACGUUUACGCGGGAUCAUCGAGGGGGAAAACAAGCGGAACCAGGUCGACAGCAGCGGUGCGGGUAGAGACAAUGAUUCAUCUUCAGAAGAGACAAGUGAUGGUGCAAUUGAGAUCAUGUAUGAUGAGGGUGAAGUUACAGAAACAACUACUGACUUGUUGGCUGGUCAAUUACAGGUCGAAAGACAGGUCCAAGAUCCCCAGGUUCCAGGCCAACAGCCAAUGGGAAUUCAGCAGCACAGAUCCAAAUCUGAACUAGCAAUCCCAUCGCCGCCGUCUUCUCGCCUGGGAUCUGUCAGUCACAGUUCCUCUCAGACAAACAGAGAUAGUAAUGUGGAGGCAGAACUAGAUAAGCUGCGCUGUGCACUGCUUCCGUUAGAGGAUUGGUGUGCCAAGCUUGACGCCCGCUUUGUUACAGCCCGUAUGGAGUGUGAGAAGGCCCGUGCCGAGCUUGACAAAGCCUUGGAAGACCGAGAUGCCGCUCUUAGAGAGCGUAACGCUGCCCGUGUCGAGCUGAAUGCCACCCAGGCGGACCUCGAUAAGCUUAGGGAGAUCUGUGGGUCAGUAUCUGCGCACUGGGAUGUGGCCAAAGGAGACCUGUAUAAGCUUAUAGCCAUCUGUGAUUCAAAAGUUGGGGACCGUAAUAAGCCUAGGUAUUGCCCUUCAGGAUGA